AUGGCGAAAAAAGAAGAAUUUUCGUGCGAGAUGUUCAGCAAUAAAUUUUUUAUGCUUUGCGCUGCAGGCGGUGCAGUGGCGUGUGGGUCCACACACACAUUCGUGACACCGUUAGAUCUCGUUAAAUGCCGCUUACAAGUCGACCCGGGAAAGUACAAAUCGAUCUUUAAAGGAUUCGGAAUCUCAUUUAGAGAGGGCGGAGCCGCCAAUCUCGUGAAAGGUUGGGCCCCGACGCUCAUCGGCUAUUCUUUGCAAGGGUCUGUGAAGUUUGCUGGUUACGAGUAUUUCAAAUACAAGUUCGCAACCAUGGUGGACGAGGAAAGCGCGUAUUUAUACAGAACCUACUUGUAUCUCGCCGCGUCGGCCUCCGCGGAACUAGUCGCCGACUGUUUUCUCGCACCGUUCGAGGCUACGAAAGUCAGAAUGCAAACGACUCCGGGGUACACAUCACAAAUGAGGAAAGCGAUGCCUCACAUGCUAGCGACGGAAGGCUUUGGCGUUUUCUACAAAGGACUGGCGCCCCUUUGGGGCCGGCAAGUGCCGUAUACGAUGAUGAAGUUUUCGUCGUUUGAAAAAGUUUUGGAGUAUUUAUACACCAAUGUAGUGCCGAAGCCGAGAGAGCAAUGUACUAAAGUGGAGCAGUUGGUCUUGACGUUUACCGCUGGGUACAUAGCUGGCGUCCUGUGUGCUAUAGUAUCGCACCCGUCAGAUACGAUCGUGUCCAAGCUGAACAAGGAUCCAAGUGCGAGUAUCGGAGGCAUCUUAUCUGAAGUGGGGUUUGUUGGUAUCUGGCGAGGAUUGGUCGCUCGUAUCGUGAUGAUCGGUACGUUGACUGGCCUCCAGUGGUUCGUGUAUGAUGGUUUUAAGGUAUACACGGGGAUGCCGCGUCCACCACCCGCUGCUAUGCCGGAGUCACUAAGAAAAAAGUUGGGAAAAUGA